UCUAAAGUGGAAGUUAAAACCAGGAGCUCCCGAGGAGUGACCCGCACAGUGAAGGACUGCUCUGCUUCUGGUCACACCGACUUUAGCGCUGAUUGACUGCAAACCGUGACUUGCGGAGCAAAAAGGGUCUGCAAAACAUCCAGAAGAGAGACCUGACUCUACAGAACGCCAUGAUGAUUAAGCCAUAUGCGAGACAAGCAGAGGGAGAGGAGGUCAUCAGCCCCCUGCAGUGGAUGGAUGGAGAUGUGAGCUCACCUGAUGGGAGCACCUCAGUCCCACCACACCACUAUGGAGCGGGCGGAGUGUGCCAGCAGACCAGAGAGAUGGGGAGUGAAGAUGCAGAGGAAGACGAGGAGGAUGGAGAAGAGGGACAGGAGGAUGAAAAUGAAUCCAGGAGACGUGGGCCCAAGAAAAAGCGAAUGACCAAAGCCCGGCAGGAGCGUUUCCGCGCCAGACGUAUAAAAGCAAAUGCCCGGGAACGCUCGCGCAUGCAUGGCCUAAAUGAUGCUCUGGAGAACCUUCGCAGCAUCAUGCCCUGUCACUCCAAAACGCAGAAACUGUCCAAGAUCGAGACGCUGCGACUGGCCCGCAACUACAUCUGCGCUUUGUCCGAGGCCCUGGAGGGAGGGCUUUCCACCGAGAGCAGGGCUUUCAUGGAGACCCUGUGUAAAGGGCUUUCUCAGCCAACAACCAACCUGGUUGCUGGAUGUUUACAGAUAGGAUCCGGUCCUGCUGCUGGGAUGAGACCUGAAGACAGGCUCGGAGUUCAUCCACCACCUAAUGCUCUGGGUGGGAUGGUGGGAUACGCCUCUCCAGGCCUGCCAAGCCCCCCUUAUGGCACCUACGACACGGCUCACAUGCUCCACCUGAGAGCAAUGAAAGGAAGACAGACCGAGAAUCACUCGCCGCAGGAGUAUAAUGCUGUGAGUGUGGGAACCCCUCCAUAUGAUGGCCCGCCUACACCACCUCUGAGCAUCAGCAGUAACAUGGUGCCCAAACAGGAGCCUUCCCCCCACUACCCACUGCCCCCACAUCAGUACUCCCCCUCCCAUGUGGACCAGGUUCUCCACCACGCUCAGACCAGCUAUGAUGUUCACUUAGAGGGUCCAUAUGACUCCUACCACCCGCUGCACAUGGUCCCGAGACAGAUAACCCCGGUCUACAGAGACUGAGAUGAGUUGAAUAAGCCAUUUAAUUUUCACUUCAACCUGACUGAGUCCAAAUAAUGAAUCCCUUCAUCUGGAUUUUAAGACUGAGGGAUCUCUUCAUAAAGAACCGCUUGGAGAACUGUAGAUUUUCAUAAACACAAGGUAGAUUUGCACAGUAGAUUAGCACUGCUCAAUAUUGUUAUUGUAUUAUUAGAAACUUGACUGAAACCAAUACAUUAUGUUCCAAACUGAUUACCAAAUGAUCAAAGGACCAGCCAGGUCCUCACAGCUGUUGCUUUGACCAGACGUUCUGGUACUGUACAGUAAGCACUUCUAAGUUUUGCUUUGGUGACAUAAGAUCUGCUGCAUAAAUUACUUUUAUUUAUUCUUUAAUUUAAUCCAGAGUACAUGGAGUUUGUUUUUUACUUGCAUAUAUGCUUUUAUUUGUUUGCUUAGUUGAUCUCCUUUGUGUCCGGUGUCCUUUCUCGUGUUUUGUUUGAUGUUUUGCACUAAAAACACAUCAAGAGAUUGAUUUGUGAACAUGAGGUACUUGAUUUUUUUUGUAGAUAUUGAAAGAAGAAAACCAUACAAUUCUCAGGUUGACAAAGUAGCCAUUUUUUUCCGUUGGAUUUGUGUUACGUAUUAGACUUCUUGGAAAAUUGUGUUAUUAAAAUAUUUUUGAAAAUGUA